AUGGCCUUUUGGAGCAAAAGGGCCAACGCUAAGUACAAUACUUUGAAGGACGAGUGGGGGAAGCGGGGGAUGGGGGAAGCACAGCUAAAUGCUGUGCUGUGGGGGUUCUCCCUGAACAGCUUCAGGGGGGCCUCCAAAGACUACCAUAGGAUACAGGCCGGACUCUUCCACCAGCUCAGGGGGGUUCAAUCCCAGCGGGUCAAACCCAGUAUCUUCGACGACCCCCUCACUCUCGACCUGCUGCAGAGCAUGAGGGUGGACGCCCUGUGGAGACGCCAAACUGAAUGGCCUAUCCACAUGGGGUCCGAUGGAAACUUCAUGCUCGAUAAGUCGGCUCGGUCGAGAAUUGAGGGGGACUUCGAAGUACUGGUGGACGAACCCUGGAAAACGGAGAUAUGGGAAGAGGUGGGGAGUGGGUCCCCGAGCCCGGUACGGGACCCACGGAACCGAGUACGCGAACCCGGUGACGAAGGGGAUAUUCCUCCUCCGACCCGCAGGUGUACUCGCUAA